AUGAUGAUACGGUUGAUGAUGAUAGUUGGCCAUGAUAUAGAUGAUGAUGACAUAGGUGACAUAAAUGAUGAUGAUAUAUUGAUGAUGAUGAUAUAGAUGAUCAUGAUGAUAUAGAUGAUCAUGAUGAUAUAGAUGAUAUAGAUGAUGACAUAGAUGAUGAUAUAGAUGAUCAUGAUUAUAUAGAUGAUAUAGAUGAUGAUAUAGAUGACGAUGUAGAUGAUGAUAUAGAUGAUGAUGAUGACGAUGACGACGAUGAUCUUCUACUACUGCUGCAUAUUGGGGAUUAUAUUCAUUGCGAUGAAUAG